AGCUAGCCAUUGAGAGCGCCGCCUCUUGUUUUUUUCAACGUCGAUCCCGGAAGCGUUGUUUUUAAAGAGACAGUCAUUUUUUUUUUAGGGGGGUGGGGGCACGUAGGGAAACAGCUGAAGGAAGCCCGAAAAAUCGCAGGGAGAGACCGAGAAGGAAGGACGGAGAGCGAGAGAAAGGAGAGACCGAGGGAGAUAAAAGAAAGAGAAGGCAGACAGAAGGGAGAGCGGCGAGAUUUUUUUCCUCCCCACCCGCAACGAACUUCUUUUCAUUUGAAACGUUCCUCAACCUAAAGAAGUAGAACGAGACGCUAGAUGAAUUUAAAUGUCAUUGUUCUUCACCCAUCACUCGCCUCCCUGUUAAAAAAAAAAUCCUCUGGUGUUUUUGAUUUCAGCGCAGACGAAAGGCAUGUUGGUUUAACCCCUUGAGUGCCGAGUGCUUGUGCGGCGGGUAGGGAGACAGAAUCAAGCCAUGCCUGAUACAUGCAUUCCAGAGUGGAUCAUGUGCUUAUGUGGAUAGCAGAACAAAGGGAGAGAUGAGCUGCAAGCUGUUAUAUUAAUCAGCUGCAAGAGAAAGAGUGACAUUCAAAGGGGUCGUCCAAUAAGUUCUGUUGUGCAAAGGAAGGGUGUUUCCACUGGAAUGAGUGCCUAAUUAUGAGGCCAGAACACGGUGCCUACCGGCCUCAUGCCCAGGCAUCUGGAAGGACACUGCUGACUCUGAGGGGGAGGGAGUGGAUGUGGGUGCCAGCUGCCUGCUUCUUACCUGUCCUUUAUACCACCCCCAGACCUCAGUGAUGCCCACCCCACGGGAGUGUGUCCCGGUGCUGUGCUGAUCCUGCUGGCCCCCCCCACCCCCCCCCGCCCUGCGCCAGCCUGUCCUGGGAUGGUGUUGUUGGCUCAGCCAGGACGCGCUGGCAGCUGUGGGGAUGGACGGGCUCCGAGGGUAGUGGCAGGGGGCAGAACGGCGGUCCAGAACGGUGGCAGGAGGCACAGCAGAGACCGAACUAGGCAAGGAGGGGAGCACAGGAGGAGCGGUACUGUGCUGCUAUGCUCCCAUAACAAAGUAUCUCCACUGUGAGAAGUGACUCUCUGCUGACUCCUGGAAUGGAGUAGUAGUCCUGAAUCAUUUUGCACAUUAAAUACUUGAUUAUCGUAUACUAUUUCUUACUUGAUCUGGUGCACAUAAAACAAACGAACGACACAAUCAAACUGAAGGAACGAUGAGACACAUCCACGUGGAAAUUGCACGGAAGGAGGCUCCGGUGGAGGUGGCUGCCCAGGAGGGGGACCUACCCCUCCCGAAUGCCCAGAGGGGAGGCCUGGACUCGGGGUCAGGUCAAGGACUUCUCCGCCCGUUUGGGGAGAACGAGAUCAAACUGCAAAAGGUGUACCAGCUGUCCAUCUUCUCCCAGCUGGGGGGGUUCUCCGACACCGGAGGCGAACAGAAAGCUGAGAAGCAGGCUGUAAAGAGGGGCCUGGCAGAUCCAUACUCCGAUCCCAAGCGAUUGCUUUUGCCUGGGCACGGUGCGGACACCUGGCCUGACUCCCCCGGCAUCCCAGACCUGCCCGGCCAAGAGUCCGAACUAGGGCCCCCCCUGGAGUCGCUGCAAGACGAAAACGCAGUGGUGUGCGGCUCGGGCCAGCACUUCUCCCACACCGCCACAUGUGUGAUCGAGCACAAGGACUGCGCCUCGGGCAGAGAGUCGGGCCCGGCGGCGGGGAGACGCUCUCUCCCCGUGCCUCUCGCCAGCCCCAUGGCCAGACGCCUUUCAGAGCACAACCAGGACCGGCUGCUCCAGAGCAGGGAGGCCUCGAUCUCCCCCCAAAACCCGUACUCGUCUGCCGGCCGAACUGCACGGCUGUGUGAUGCUUCUGCCUCGGCCAGCCUGCCAACAAGCGAGCUAGACCCAGCAGGAGAGCCGGGAGAUGGCGUUCCCGCCCAGCGGAAGAGUGGGAACUCGGUGGCACAAGCCAACGGAGCCUUGCUGGAGGAGCAGGCGUUCAGCAAUGGUGAUCGCAGAGACUGGACACAGGUCCCUGUUUCCACAGCGGUGUCUCCGGGCAGAGAUGUAGGCUCAGAGGUGAGUGUUGAGCUGUUGCCCCCAGAGCAAGGACACUCCACCAACGGCCUGGCCUCGGCGGAGAAGACGCCCUGCAGCUCCAGACGGCCAGGCCCUUCCUCCUCCUCCUCCCCCGGCCCCAGCAGCUGCCCCGCCAAGAGGAAGCUGCUGGCUCCCAGCGACACGGGCGAGUCCUGCUCCGAGGACGAGGGUCCCUCCACCUCCAAGAGGAGCCGCCUCUCUCUGCCCCACGGGGUCACCGUGUCCUGCCGGAGCACGGACGCCAAGGCCGCCCCCUUCUGGAACCACUUGCUGCCGUCAGCCCGGGAUCGGCCCAAGAGCUCUUCGGAUUGCACUAGUGUGAACAGGAGACUGAAAAGUGCGCUUCGGCCAAAAUCGAGGCAGCUCCGCAGCUCCAGGCGAGGAGAAGCCAACCACGCGGUCCGUUCCUGCUGGCCCUCUGCCUCCAUCAGCCGCUCCCUGCUGGGCAACUUCGAGGAGUCCAUCUUGAAAGGCCGUUUUGCUCCGUCGGGACGCAUCGAGGGCUUCACGGCCGAGAUCGGAGCCAGCGGCUCUUACUGCCCACAGCACGCCACCCUGCCUGUGGAGGUCACCUACUAUGACACGUCUGAGCACAGCGCCCCCUCCCCUUUCCUGGGUGUGAUCCACCUGGAGCCUCUGGGAAAGAAAGGAUACAGCGUUCCCAAAGCAGGGACCAUCCAAGUGACCUUAUUCAACCCCAACAAGACUGUGGUGAAGAUGUUCCUGGUGACCUAUAACUUCGGGGACAUGCCUGUAAACCACAUCACCUUCCUGCGCCACCGUAUCUUCCUGGUACCUGUGGAAGAAGGAGAGGGACAGGACGAGCAGUCUGAAGCUGGGGCCGCAGACAGGAAGAGAAUACUUUGCUACCUGAUACACCUCAGAUUCCAGAGCUCCAAGUCUGGAAAAAUCUACUUGCACGACGAUAUCCGGCUGCUAUUCUCCCGCAAAUCCAUUGAGGUGGACACGGGGAUCCCCUACGAGUUGAAAUCUUUCACCGAGGUGCCAAGAAACCCCACGUACUCCCCCCGGGUCUGACAAGUGGUCUCGCUGCCUUCAGGGGACAAGGACUUUGACGAAACAAAUCGAAAUGAAAACUUGAAAGUCGACAGAUAAAAACACAACGGACAAGAGCAGAAUGAUUCAGACUGCGAUUCAGUUUCUGAAUUCAGUGUUAACAUGCAUGCCUUGUAACAAACCUUUUGAGUUCUAUGCUAGGGCGGUUUACAGUUUUAGAGCACUGCUCUUCAUCCUGUCUUCACCCCCACCCUUCCUGCAGACCAAUCGGACAGGGAGCAGGUGGGCCGCUUCAGACAUACAGACCCUCUUCAGGAAAGAGAAAAGCGCAGGAACUGCACUGAAUCAAACAACAGCUCUAACCCCCUCUUCCUUGAGUCGAAUUACAAUCGUGUUAGAAUCCUACCCAUUUUGGGAUUUGGUUGCACGUGUGCCGAAAAGCUUGGAAAAGAUGUCUCCCUGGAUACAGCCCAGCCAUGUUCAGCAGAGGGAGAUGGAGAAGCUUCCCAAUGCCUUUCACUGCUGAAUUGCAUUCGUGACAUUUUCUUCUUGAAGGAGAAAAAAAAAACACCUUUUGUCCGCCAUUAUCAUUGGUAUUUUUGUCAGAAUAUUGGGUGUUUCUUCCAGGAAUAGAAAAGGUCCACCUCAAAGUUAAAAGAAUCUGUGGUGAAUACUGUGGCUGAAUGAUGGAUACAGUGAAGUCCGUACACAAGAGCCAUCAACCGUGACACUGCUCAGGAUCGGGAGCUGACAAUCUCAGCAGAUGGCAAGCUGUGCAUGCGCAGGUCAGGGAGAAGGAGAGAGAGGGACAUCUGCCAGGAGUGUUCAACCAAAGGAUCAACAAAAGAAAAAGUAAAACAUAUAUAUAUGAAUCUCUUCCAAAAAGGCUAAAGAACCCCAUUAAGCAAUAAGCAGUCAACCAAACUGAAAGGUGAGGGCCUGGUCCUUCAACCUUUCCUCCAUUCUUAUGAAAGAUGAGGCUACAAGUAACCACUUUUUCCCCACUCUGCAGUGGAUAUAUUUCUUUACUCCACCUGCAUUGACCCUCAUCUGACUAUAAAAGUCUCCCAAUGGCAUAACACGGUUCAGUCUCCUGUACAGUAAAACACAUUGCUACUCAAAAUGGAGCCGCUAAAUGGCAUUUUACAUAUAAGAAGAAGACAUGACCAAGUGUCAGCUGCAAUUAAGAAGCCUUUAGUCAAGGUUUCUGAGAUCCUUAUAUUGAGCAGAUUAGAAGUACGAAAGAAAAGUUGGAUCACCAUGAAGUCCUGACACUCAGACUUCGACUAAAAGCCAAAACGCCAACUCUCUCAGAUUUUACAAAUCGGCAUAUGAGAGCAUUCACAGAAUGAAUGAUCAGCUUGCCUGGGACAGGUAUUUAACCAUCUUCCAGCAGGGCGGUCCCCAGUAUGAGUACUGCCACCUACACAGCACUGCAAGCAUGAAUUGCAGCACAGCCCUGUGGGCAAAGGAACCCUUGUACUCCACAGCCUGAGAACAACAGGAUUGUCUGUCCUCAAAGACGUCAGCCCUAAUCCGUAGCAGGCUCAUACAAGCCUUUGGCUUCCCUGUCUCCACCACAGAGACAGGGUCUCUGUUUUUCGUGAAACAGAUCUCGCAAAAGGUGCCGAUUCUUUCAAACAAAGACAAGCCUUCGUUCUGGAAUGAAGAGGUGAUUCAGACACUGGUAAAUUCUGAGGAAAAAAAAGGUAAAGACUGAGAGCAGCUGUCUAAUGUCAACAUCGAACGUCUUACCAAGUUGUGAGAAAUGCCUUAAACUGCAACAUCACAUCACAAGAACUACAGAUGUUGAAAUAUCUGUUACCAGGGGAUUAACAUCACCUCGCUGUUAUGUCAAUGUGCAGUGAAGCUAUGGAUUGACUUACAGGUACCAUUUCAGAUGUGACUGGACACACAGUGUGUUUCGAGGAAGGGGGGAAAAACACUUCUGCUCUGUCCCUGGGGGAGGCAGUUUGAAGAACACUGUGUUGAACUCAUUCUGUUAACAGAUAAAAAAAAAAGGAACUCAACAAAGUAGUAUUUAAUUUAUUUGAGGAUGUCUUAAAGCAAUACGUGGCACAUCAGAGGGUGCGAUGGCGGUAGCCACUGUAGAGGUGGAUUUUGUCUGCCUGCUAUGUGCUCCGGGGACGAUGGUCAUGCAGUGUCCUGGGCUGUGAAGAGCAGGGUGGAGUUGGGGGGUAUUUCCAGUAAAGCAGGUCACAGGUAUGGCACAGGCUGCAAUAUUAAGCAGCAUGUGCCAGUUUAAUGAAGAGAAUCAGUUCACGAUCACUUCUUGAAUAAGAAUUUUCAAUUUGCUGUUAAUAAAACAGAAAUAGAAGCCUCUGGUGUAGGUGUCUGAACUGGGUACAGGACAUGAGUUUAGUUCCAAAUGUUAAUACUGACCUUGAUGUUUUGUUAGGUCUACUCUACCAUUUUGAUAUAGAUCCCAGGACCUCAUGGUUUAUGUAUAAGUGUUUUUUUUACUUAAGGGUUUUCCCUAAGUUCCCAUUAUCUAUAGAUUUAAAGUAAGGUGGGUGAACAAGUGUCCAGUGUGAGUCUCUGGACUGCUACUGCUACUUGGUGCUAGUGUGUUAACAUUGUGAGUUCUGGGUUUGGCAGUUUGAGCUGCCAUUAUAAAAAAAAGAGUUUAUUUAAAAAGCACCUAAAUUCUUAAAUAAAUAAAAGCUUAUUUUUCGCUUCAUGUGUACACACUGCAUGACUUUUUGGAGUAAAAAAAAAAAAACUUCUGCAUUGUUCCAGUAAUUUUUAGCAUUCUCUUUCCCUGGUAACUAAAUUUGAAAAUGGCCCCCCAUUUAGCUGCUUUUAACUGGAUAAUGUUCUGCUUUGUAACAGCAUUAUCUACGAAAUGUCAGGUAGCUGACUAAGCAACACAUCUGCAACACUUUAAACCUUCCCUAAGGCCUGAUUACUGACAGAUUUACAAAGUUGACAGCAUUACUUGUUUUAUACCACAUAAAAACUAAACCUGACAUAUUGCAUAUAUUUUGGAAACUAAAGAGGUGACUCAUUUGAAACUGCUCUUUUUAAUAUUAAGUCCAAAUCAGCCUUACUAUGAAUGUGCCAAAGUGCCAAGGAAAUCUCUAAAAAUGCCACACUGAGUGACUUAUACAGUACUUGGCCCACAAAAAGCAUACACGCAUUGUCUUGAUGGAUGGUGUCCUGCAGGAAUACUGCAUAGACCUUGUGUUUGAAGCGAAUUCCCAAGCAGGGGUAUUUCUACUGUUUUCAAAAACUGGUACUUAAUAAACAUGUUCUUCUGUGGCAGUCAGUCAGGUUUUCAAAAAGGAAUAUCAUGGCUAUUUGAAAUAUCCUUUUUCCAUUUUAAUACAAUAACACGUGUAGUCUUUUCUGUCAGUGCCGUGGAAAACUUCUUAGAUUAGAAAGUAUAUGAAGUCAUGUAUUAAGUUCCAAUUUUUAAAGAGUUCUGCCCCCAUGUGUUCAUAUCCAUGUUGUGCUUGUAAACAGACUCUAAAUUUGGAACUUGCCUUCCUUUUACUGAUUAACAUAAUCUGAAUGCUGAGAAGCUGCCACCAGGGCUACCCACUUAAUCAAGCUAGAUAUCUUCUCAAAUUAGUGUCUAGAGUCAGCACAGGAUAUCAGCAUUCAUGGAAAACAUCUUGAAAUCCAUUUAAUAAUUUAACAGAAAACUAGAGAUUUUGUUGAUGGUGUCUUUAUAUCUGAAUAUAUAGACUUUCCUUUAUAAAGGUACUUGGUUGUUUUCGUCUAUAAAAAUAACACUUAGAACUGUGAAGUCCAGAAAGCUCUGUUAAAGUUUGGAGGAGAGCCAGGUAAAUGAAAAAAUGUGGAAUUUGAGAAGAAAAAUAUGUGCAGCUUGUCAGAAAUAGUCACAAGGAUAUAUACUUAUAUGUAUCACUGCACAAACAGAGAAGGAUUAAACCCUUUAAAUUGUGAGUGCUUCUGAGUAUUUCUAAAAGACAUUCUGUGGGGGUUCCACAGUGUCCCAUUAUUAACAGGAAACUGGGGUUAUGCUGUUUUAAAGUGUAAGACUUCUACUAUCUCAGUUGUAGAAUGAGCUGUGUCUAUAUACAGUAUAUUUACACCACAGGUAAAAUAACUUGCAUUUUAACAUGGGUGUACAGUACAUUACCUACAAAUGCCUGUUUUAUACUCCGGUUCCUAACAAAAGCAGCAGUGUUAACUUUCUGGUGGUUUCAGGUCUAUUACUUCCCCAGAAAUGACAGCUGCAUACUCCUAGUUAAAGACCUAAGUACUGGAGCAGUUUUACUUAAGUGUAAUAAUUAAAUAAUAGUUCAGUGGUAUUUUUUCCCUUUACUUGGUCUCUGAAAAGACUCAAAUCAGAAUAGAUUAUGAUAAAUGUGGAGCCUGUGGGAUACUUCCAUUUCACUUAAUGUUUCCAAAUUAGUCACCAUCUUGAAAAGACACCAGGACAAUGCAACCACUGUGUGGGCUUUAUAAAUCUGAGAGUACUUAUUCAAGGUCCUCCACCUGCCUUUUCAUAUGUUGUGACCUGUGUCCCCUUGCAGCCCUGAUUGUUUUAACCAUGUCAAGAGUAAAUACCUGCAACUUGUCUCUGUGUACAAGAUACAAUAAAAAGUUAAGUGUUGUCUAACA